UGCUCUUGCAUUCUUUUUAGGUCAGCAGCAACAACAUGUGCCAUACAAACAGUGUGAGACAUAUAGCAGUAACCACCACAGGCAACCAGCUUGUCACAGGUGGGGAAGAUGGUGACGUGAAGGUGUGGAGCAUUGCUGGCUUGCCCUUGGCGAGUCUUGAAAAUGCCAGUAAACAUGACCCUUCACUUGCCCUCCAAAAGAUUGUCCACACUGGCCGAGGACGCAUUAACAACUUGGCCAUUUUACGCACUGAUAGGGAGGCCCUCUCAGAUGCAGACAGAGAGAUAGAGGAGGUCAUUGCUCCCUUCAGUCAGGACUUCUCUAAUCCACUCAAUACUGAAAUUAAUAUUCCUCUUCGAGGCAAAGGGAAACCACAGCCACAACAUUUGGACAUCUUCAAUUUUGCUACUGAUCCGUGUUUUGAUAGUGUGGAGCCGGAGAAGGGGCCAGACUACAAGAAUGAGCUUGAAGAAUCAGUCAUAAGCCUUCAGGAAAACAACAAGGAUCUCUACAAUUUUGCAAUGAAACAGAUCCUGAAGAAAACGCCCAAAGGAGGAAAGGGAGGUUCUGACCAGAAAACCAAUAAUAAAGGAAAGAAAGCGAGUGCCAAUAAAAACAGAUAUUUUGAUAAUACAAAGCAGAAAAAGUACAAAAUGCCACAAUGCAACUAUAAUGCAUCAGUGUAUAAAGAAUGCAGCAUAGCUCAGUUGCUGCAGGGAACCUUGUGUGCACAACCUGGCUCCAUGUUGGUUCAGCUGGGAGUGACUGGCAUCAGCUGGGGUAAAGUCAGCAGAUACAGAUUUAGAAAGGAGAGGGAGAGGCUAAAAGUGGGAACAUCAGGAGUAGGAAGAAGAGAUACUGGGGUAGAUGCAGGAACAUCUUGGGAGAGAAGAGGGCUUGGCAAAGCAAAGGUCAGCAUCAAGGCAGAGAGCACGAGAAAAACCUCAUCGGCAUGCUUCCUAUCUGGCUUCGCAUAUGGUCAGACAGGGCAGGGGAGAGGAGCAGUUCCAGUAUGGUCCAUGAGUUUGGGACUCGGAUAUAACUGA